CUCCGAAGAAGCAAAUCAAAGACAAAGCCACCAUGUUCAAAUACGCCGUCGUUGUCCUCGCCCUCGUUGCCUGUGCUGCUGCCAGGCCCGGCCUCCUGGGUGCCCCUCUGGCCUACUCUGCUCCCCUGGCCUACACUGCCCCCGCUGCCUUGGUGGCUGCUCCUGCUCCAGUCGUGACCGCCACCAGCAGCCAGGUGAUCGCCAGGAACUACAAUGGAAUCGCCGCUGCUCCAGUGAUUGCUCCCGUGGCCGCUCCAGUGGCAGCUCCAGUGGUCGCCAAGUACGCAGCUGCUCCUCUGGCGUACUCCUUUCCCCUGGCAUACUCCUCACCUUUAGCUUACAGUGCCCUGCCAGCUGCUCCGGUUCUUGUCUAAGCGUUAAAAAAAAUAAAAGAAUUCAAACCGAA